CACUUCAAAUGUUAAACGGUUUUAUUGGAAACUAUUUUUGUACUGCGCUCUAGCGUAACGAGUUAUUUAGCUAAUGAAAAACAAACAUUUGACCGUUAACGCUCGCGCGUGGUGUUAUUCAUUUACAAUUAAUAAUUAACAAAACCUAUAUUUCUUUAGUAUCGUUUACAUAUAACUAAAGACACAAUGGAUUUGGAUAGAUCGGGAAUGAGUGCGGAUGAGUAUUACGUGACGGCGCUACAAAUAUUUCAUUAUUGUGGCGCUGAAAGCACGAGCACGCUUCGUGUUGACAGUUUGAUGGACAAAUUCGCACCUUUCGUAAAAACUAACAAGGCUGAAUUUAGCUUUUUGAAAUCUUUAAUGGAUCCUGAUGAUGAGAAUCCAGAAAUUGAUGUAUCAAUGUUGGCCAAAACCCUACACAAGUACACAGAGAACCAGAAGUCUAAGGCUGACAUGGAUGAAAGUUUCAACCUAAAGAGCGGCGCUCCACAAGAUUCUGAUUCAGGCAUAUCUACAGAUGGAUCUCAACUGCUGGAGGAUCUGCAGUGUGAGCUCCGUGAGAAGGCACACCUGGCCCACCAGCUGCGGUCACAGCUGGACUUCACGGACAGACAGCACGAGGAGGCUCUCGCAGCACUCACUGCUGAACGGGAUGCGCUGAGGACUCAUCUUAAUAUGUUGCGCGAAGAGAACGCGUCGCUGUCUCAGGCUCGCCGUGACUACGAGGAAGCGAGCGAGCGGCUAUGUAGCAGCGAGCGGUCGCUGGACGAGACGCGUCGGGAACUGGACACCAUCAAGCGACGCUCCAAGGUCAUGCUCGAACAACUCAACACGCUCGAGAGUGAGAAACUAACCCUACAAGAGUUACUAACGAAGUCGAAGGCGGAGUGCCACCGUAUAAACGAGAUGUACGCGGCGCGGCAGUCGGCGCUGCUGGAGCAGAACGAGACGCUGCGCUCGGAGCACGCCGACCUGGCCGCCCGCCUGCAGGACCAGGACGAGUUCGUGCAGCAGAUGAUUAAGGAGAAGGUUCUACUAGAAAUGGAGCUAAAAGAUGUUCUGAACAAGUCGAAUCAGACCCAACUACGUCUGGACCGCAGCAUCGACAUCAGUUACACCGAGGAGCAAAUGUUAACCGCACUUGACAGUCUUAAUGCUGACACCAGGUUCUCAUCAGAAAACCGUAUCCUUGACGAAGAAUCAUUCAUUAACGCGUUAAAAGAAGACCAAGGACGAUGCACGAACAUAUCGUUAUUUGACGAAAUACGUUACAGCUUCUGUAACAUGUCCAAACUUAACAAUACAGGCUGCAACAGCAUUGCGUACGACAAAAACUUCGAUUUUAACAUAACUGUUGGAACCCAGACAGACGAAACUAAACCUUAUGACUAUGCAGACAAAGUUGAAUUAACUGGAAUGAGUACGCAGACUGAAGAACUAGUUUUGAAUAAUAAUAAUAAUGUACAAUUACAAUGUCUUGAGUGUGAGAAAAUGAGUCGUUAUGCGGAGAAGUUAGAAAUGGAUAUAAAUAGGUCGCAUCGCGCUAUGUCAGAGAUGCAAGGAGAAAUAGAGAACUAUGAAGGUAACUUGGAUAUGCUUGAGCAGUUUGUGAAGGAGGGCAAUGAGCGGAAUAAUGUGUUGCAAGCUAUUAUAAAGAGCUUGGAGAUGAAGAUCAGUUUGUUGGAGGUGGCUUGUGCUAAGCAAGGAGAUCGCUUGGCCAGUCUAACGCCUGAUUGUUACGUCUGUACGCAAACCCAGUCGGACACGGAGUCGGUGGCGACACAAGUAGAGGUGCCUUGUAUCGAAUGUGAGAAGCGCAAAGCCGUCGUCCCACACCGCAGCCUUAGGAAAUUAUUUUGGGAUCCCCUCAAGUGCCUGUUCCAAGUGUUCGCCGUGGUGUGCUUCCUGUGCGCCAUAUCGGUGCUGUACGGGGUGUCUCGGCGGAGCCCCACGGCCUGUCCCCGCGAGCCGCUGCCCUGGAGGUGGAUGGACGCGCAGGACAUCAUGGACCUACUCCUCAGGAUAGAAUACGUCGCCGAUGUACCUAUGUGAGCCUACUCAACUGAUCUGAUACCUGUAUUUUUAAUUAUAUUUAACUAGUUGUGUUUUUUAACACUCUGUAUGAUGUGUGGGGAUUAAUGGUACCUUUUUUUUUUAUUAACGAGGACAUCAAUACACGUGUAGAUGUGUUGGGAUUAAUGGUACGGUUCUUUUUUAUUUAACGCGGACGUACGAUUCACGUUGAUACCAAUAUGCUUUUAUAAUAUUAUAGCCAAGUCACUUGAUAUAAGAUUGAUAACGCAUGUUCCGAAUGAUGACACUCCAAAAACGGACACGUAGUAAUGAUUACGACAGUUGAAUUGCUAAAUAUACUCCUUAAAUGUUCCUCGUUUUGCUUACUAGCAAAGUGUAGCAUCCUGUCAGUAUAAUUCUUCUCCGUGAGAGAAGAGCUCUUUGCUCAGUAAUAGGCACUUUAAUACUGCUGAUAAUGGUGGUGCAAUAUAUUUCCUCUAGUUUUGUCACUGUAAAUGAAACAUAGUCGAAAGUCAAGCAAAUAAAAAAAGAGAAUUAGCGUUAAUCCCCGUACAUCUACUUAGUAUAGGAAUUUGGUAGCUAUUUCAAAUAUUAUUGGAUAGAAAAGUUUUAUAUUUUAUUACCUUUACGUAGGAUAAAUUGACAGAAUAGAAAAUUAAUUAAAUAUUUUGAGAGUUAUAAUCAAAUUGUAUAUCUAAAACGAACCUGCGUGUGUCGUAUUCUAAAAAACAAAAUAUGUAAAUUAUAUCCUACGACUUUAAUAUAAAAUCAAUUAAAUUGUUUUAGAAUAGUGAAAACAUGUGUAUACGCAAAAAGCAUCGAAAAUUAGAGUAAUAAUAAUAACCAUAUAGUCAAAUACUCAAACGUCACUUAAUUUUAAGACCUUCUGAAAUAGUCUAGUUCUGUCACUACAAAUUGUUUAUAAAAGACAGAGAUAGAACGAUAUUUAAGUACAACUUAAAAUUGAGUAGCGUUUCAGUAUUCGGGCGAUAGAUAGUCAAAGAAAUUAAUAGAAUCUUCUAUUUUGUAAACAGCCAGUGAAUUCAAACUUAAUGAAUAGUUUUUAAAUACUUUUAUGAAUGUCUAAUUAUUAUUAAAAACUCGAUGGAAGGCUGAUACGGAAUUUAAUGAAAAUUAAAAACUCAUUAGUUUAAAAUAUUGCAUUUAAAAUUUAAAAAGAAAAUGUAGUGUAAGUAUUUUUAGUACAUUAUUUUACUUAACUAACUUGUUUGCCAAAUAUUAACGUAAUUGUAAUCUGCAUUUAUUAUUUAGAUUAUAAAUAAUUUAGUACUUUGUAACUCUUGUUGACAUGUGACUGUAAUUUGUGUCUUAUUACAAUACACUUAAGGUUUGAGAGCCUUAAGUUAGGUAUCGAGUGAUAAUGACUACUUAAUUAAUUGUUUUUAGAACAGUAUUUUGGCUAAAAUACGAGUUUUCUAAUUGAUUUUCUUUUUAAUAUUCUGUUUACCUGAAUAUAUACUUUACUACGAACUUGGUUCAUACUUUACAGACAUACAUAUACAGUAGAAAUGUAUAACGGUUUCCUGAGAAGUAUACAGUCUGUAUAUGAAUUUAUGAAACAAAUUUCAUAAUAUACUGAGGGCUCAGUACGAGUUUGUUUCGCGUUUAUCGAGAUCGACGGUUCAAUCUCUUUAAACAUAAAACAAAUCCGUAAGGCCCAUUGACAUUCACGUGCUUUGAAAAUGUUCAAAAGAGUAUUUCACGUUAGAUCGCAUUCACGCAUUCGUGUUCUCAAGUCGCAAACUAUACUAAUCACACAAAAAAAUAUUUUGAUUCAUACGUUUUUAAUUGCGUUAAGCCGGGUCCAGACGAGUGUAACGUGUAAUGUAAUCCACCGUGUAAUGUAACACGAAUUCUACGUGUGGACGGCAGUACGAGCAUUACAUGUAACGCUCGCGCGGCGCUCGGGGUUGAUCCAUCGGCUGUCGGUUUUUCGCGCGAACACAAAGACGCAACUGAGUGGAAACAGCUUUUGAAAUAUUUUCGCGUUCACAAUUCGCUUUGAGUUCGUGUGCCGUCCACACUGUUGAUGCUAAAUUACACGUAAUCUUACAUUACACGUUACACUCGUCUGGACCCGGCUUUAAAAAAAUCGCUCGUAAUCGCAAUUCGCGAGGCGAAUAGCUUAACGAGCGUACUGUUUGUACGUAUGCGUGUACGGUUGUUCGCCAUACAAUUCUCACGAAUGUGCAAAAUGUGGUAUUAGGAAGACUUUCUAAAAUACAAUUGUAAUUGUUAGCAAAUUACUUAAUUUUCUGUUAAGUCGUAGUUACAUUGUAUAAUGUGUAUUUAAAAUACCUAUCUUGUCCUAUCGCCUAUCGUUGACAUGUUCACAAUAUGUUCUUUUAACUUUAGACUCAGCAGAGUUCUCGCCUAUUCACCAUUUAAAUAUAUUUCUUUAUAAAUUCGUUUUUAAUGCAUGUUACAAAACAAUUCUGUGAUAUCGCAGUGCCAGUUAGAUGUAGAUUUUUAGCAUUUACACAUAAAACCUAAGACUAUUCGGUAUAAUCUAAUUUUGGUAUAAGUUUUAAAAGUAAUGACAUAUUGAAAUUAACAAAAAUUAUUUACCAAAAAUUAUUUUUUUAAAUUUGCGUUUGCAUUGUUUUUAAAUGUACAACUGCAGUGUAAUUUUAGUGUUAGAUUUUAGUUUUGUGGGCCUUUUAUUGAUAAAUGUGAAGAUUGUACUAUCAUCUUAAUAGUUAAUUUAAUAAAUGAUACAUGUUCACAAAAUAUCUUACCGCUGUACUCAGAGUCAGAGAUUUAAUGGUUAGCAGUCCUUAGCAGUAGUUUUAAAAUAAGGAACAAACUAAGGAAAAGUUUAAGUAAACAUUAAAUGUCUCUGAGUGUGGCAGUAAGUAUUUCAAGUUAAGUAUAGCAAAAAAUUAUUUAAAAAAUAGGAUUAUUCAGAAAAGAAUAUCCAAGAGAUCCAAUUUAUCGAUAAAAGGUCUCAUCCCUAUUUAACCUUAGCUUACCAAUUAUAGUAUUUUAAUAGAAUAUUAAAGUAUUCUCUAAAUUUUGCAUUAUUUUUAACUAACUACGCAUUUACGAUGCAUUUAUUUUUAGUAGAUCUGUUUUUACUAUAGCAUUCCAACUUUUCUUCAUUUCGAGUGUGUAUGUCAAGGGGAAAGGUUGGAAAUUGUGCAUUUAUUGUUUAGUUAAGUUUGUGAAGUGCGUUAACGUACUAAAAUAUUAUAUGUAUGUUUAGAAUGUAUGAUUUUUUAUUUAUCGAUAAUUGGAUACUUAUUCAUAAGUUGUGAUCGUAGUUUUCCCAUCACUUAAUGUUUCUUAUUACCUUGCGAGUGAAAGAGAUUUGUCGAUGUCGAUAAAGUUAAGAUUAUCGACACAUGCUCAUCUCUAGUUUGAUGGUGUAUGACAACAACUUGUGUUUUCUAUAUUAUUUUUGUUUUAUUGUAUCAAUUUUAGUCAUUUAUCGUUCUGUAUAGCAAUAAACGAGAUCUUCCUUUA